AUGGACUCAUUGUUGUUCAGCCAUUUCCGAGUGCUCCUCUGGAAGAAUUUCCUAUUAAAGAGGCGAAAGGUGGCUGAUUUAAUCCUAGAUAUCCUCAUAGUAUUAUGGAUGGCUUCACUGAUGGUGCUUGAACGCAAAUAUAUAAACACAGCAGCUAACAACAGUGUUCAUUUCCAGCCUCUUCCCUUGAAUAAACUGCCUACUUUCUUCAAGAAUAAUUAUCCAUUAGUCUAUGUGCCUUCUGAAAGUGAUGUGGCAAGAAGUAUUACUGAGAUGGUGAAAAAGGAUUUAAAUAUCAAUUUUCCAGUUCAAGGCUUUUCCUCAGAACUAGAUUUUGAGAAUUACAUCAAGUUUCAGAAUAAAACUGCUCCUGUGCUGGCCGCUAUUGUAUUUGACCAUGAUUUCAAAAACAGCCAAGAUAAUUUACCACUUAAGGUAAAAUAUCAUCUGCGUUUUGGUAGUAUCGUUCAAGCGGGUUUUCAUUCAGUUAGGCCGUUUGCCCCUCAAUCAAAAAUUGUGUGGAAUACAGAUCUUCUCUUUCCAGUAAUUCCUACUGUAGGACCCAGGAACCCGGACAAUGCAGAUGGAGGAGAUCCUGGUUACAUCAGAGAAGGGUUCCUGGCAGUACAGCAUUCCCUAGAUAAGGCCAUCAUGGAAUACCAUAACAAAGCUGCGAAGACAGCAUUUGAUGAUGUCAGCAUUGCUGCUAGGAGAUUUCCAUACCCUCCCUACAUUUCUGAUAAUUUUUUUGCAGCUUUAAUACAUCUGUUACCUUUGGUAAUUUUAAUUGUGUUUGUUCUAAUCUUAUUUGCCCUCCUCAAGACCGUUGUGAUGGAAAAAGAAACCAGAUUAAAGGAGUACCAGCUCAUGAUCGGGCUCAGUAACGCCAUGCUCUGGAGCGCCUAUUUCAUCACUUUCUUGUUGAUGUCUUUAAUUAUCAUCUUUUUACUGUGUUUGAUUUUCUUUUACAAGUUCACGCAUGAGAAAAUCCUCCAAAACAGUGAUAUUUCUUUCAUCAUUGUCUUUUUGCUGUGUUAUGUCAUUGCCUUGAUAAACUUCGGUUUUCUGAUGUCCACUUUCUUCAAUAAAACUUCAUUUGCUAUUGCUGUUGGAGGUUUCUUGCAUUUUCUCAUCUACAUGCCAUAUGUAAUCUCCCACAACAUGUAUGCACACUUGACCUUAAGGGACAAGCUGUUUUUAUGUCUUAGUAUAAAUGUGGCAUUAUCAUUUGGUGCUGAUCAAAUAUGCAAGUUGGAAAUAAAGGAAUAUGGUGCCAGGUGGAAUAACUUCUUUUCACCAGUGAGCCCAGAUGAUAGCCUCACUCUUGGCCAUAUUAUGGGGAUGCUUUUAUUAGAUGCUUUAUUGUGUGCCCUUAUGACCUGGUACAUAGAUGCUGUCUUUCCAGGGAAGUAUGGUGUGCCCAAGCCAUGGUAUUUCUUUAUGCAGAGGUCUUACUGGCUUGGGGAGUCUUCAACCAAUCCAGAACAAGCAAUUGAGAAUGUUUAUUCUGCCGCUGGAAAUGAGUAUUUUGAAAGUGAACCUACUCACCUGGUGGUGGGCAUCAGUAUUCAGCAUUUGUAUAAGGAAUUCAUAUUACAGAAUACCACAAUAUUAGCAGUACAGGACUUGACUUUGAAUUUUUAUGAAGGACAAAUCACUGUUCUUCUAGGACAUAAUGGGGCAGGAAAGACUACCACCUUCUCUAUACUCACAGGUUUCUAUCUUCCUACCAAAGGCAAGGUCUAUAUUAACGGAUAUGAUAUCUCAAAGGACAUGCUUCUAGUCAGGAAGAAUCUGGGCUUGUGUCCCCAGGAUAACAUAUUAUUUCCGGAAAUGACAGUGUCAGAGCACCUCUAUUUCUACUGCGUGAUAAAAGGAGUCCCCACAGAGAAACGGCCUGUGGAAAUUGAGAAAAUGCUGGCAACUUUCAAACUGCGGGAGAAGCGCUAUUCAUUUUCGAAGUCACUGAGCGGAGGGAUGAGGCGCAAACUCUCCAUCAUGAUAGCACUUAUAGGUGGCUCCAAGGUGGUGAUGCUGGAUGAGCCAACAUCUGGCAUGGACCCCGUCUCCAGGAGAGCCACUUGGGACAUCAUUCAGAAUUAUAAGCAGGAUCGGACCAUCUUACUGACCACCCACCAAAUGGAAGAGGCUGACAUCCUGGGUGACCGCAUUGCCAUCAUGGUCAAGGGGUCCCUGAAGUGCUGUGGCUCUGCAGUCUUCCUGAAAAAGAUAUAUGGUGUGGGAUACCACAUAGUUAUGGUAAAGGAGCCUCAUUGUAAUGUUACAGAAAUAUCUGAACUGAUUCUCUCUCAUGUACCAAGUGCCAGAUUGGAGAACAAUGUUGCAACUGAAUUAUCAUUUGUCCUACCUAAAGAGUACACACACAGGUUUAAGGACCUGUUUUAUGAACUGGAACACAGACAGGAAGAACUGGGUAUUGCUAACUUUGGUGUCUCUAUCACUACCAUGGAGGAAGUUUUCAUUAAAGCUAAUGAUAUGAUGGUGGUGGAUAAUAAUGCUUUCCAGGACAAAUACAGAAAUGCAAACUACCAGAAUGUGAAUAUUCAAAGACAUGAAGAACAAUUACAUACCUCUGCCUUAAAUGAAAAUUCCAAUGUUAAGUUUAAUACAGGGUGGCCACUUCACUGCCAGCAGUUCUAUGCCAUGUUUAUGAAGAAGGCACUCUUCUCUUGGCGCAACUGGAAAUUAACGUUAUUGCAGUUACUGGGAUUUCUGGGUCUGGUUUAUUUCAUGAAUAGUGGUGUGAGAAUUUCCAUGCAAAGUGAUGAACCCGCCAGGGAAAUGGAUUUGCAACAAUAUGGCAAAACCAUUGUGCCUUACUCAAUUUCUGGAAAUUCUGAUUUUGAACAAAAUUUAAGAAGUAAUCUUGAGAUCUUGCUAAAGGCUAAGAACCAACAACCUCAAGAAGUACAAGGGGACCUGGAGAAGUACUUGGUGGAAAAUAAAAAAUGCAUUUACUCAUGCAUUGUUGCACUUUCUGUUAAGGUUAAUGGAAACCAAAAAAAGGUUACCAUUUGGUUCAACAAUCAGGCAUACCACUCACCAUCAUUAUCACUGGCAGUGUUAGACAAUAUUGUCUUUAUGACAUUUUCUGGUCGGGAUGCUUCCAUUACACCCUCUAACAAACCUCAACCUUUUGUUACAAUAGCUAAAUAUGAGAAAAGACAAAUGUUAGGAAUCCUUAUAGCCUACAACCUGUUUUUUGGCAUAAGCAUUUUUAUCAGUGGCUUUUGUCUGCUGGUAGUAAAUGAGAGAAUAACUAAGGCAAAGCACAUUCAGUUUGUGACUGGGGUCUAUACUUUUAAUUUCUGGAUCUCUGCUCUGUUAUGGGACUUCAUCACCUACUUCAUUUCCUGCUGCUUGCUGCUGUUGGUGUUCCUGGCCUGUGGUUUGGAUUUAUUGAUCAAGAAAAACAACAUCGUGGUCACCUGGGUCAUCUUGCUGCUGUUCGGCUGGUCUGUCAUUCCCUUCAUGUACCUGAUGAGCUUCCUAUUUUCUAGUAAUUCCAAUGCCUACAUCAAGCUGAUCUUAAUUAACUACUCUGCGGGCGUAUUCGGUAUAAUAUGGGAUCUCAUAACUGGACCUUACACAAAGUCUACCUUUGCAAGUGUUGUGCUCUAUUUAAUGAUGGUGUUACCAAUGCAUAACUUUGGGAUGAGCAUCAGCAAAUACUAUGAUAUCCAGCAUGCAAAAAGACUUUGUUCUUCACUGAAUAUUGUUUCUACUUACAUAAAUUGUAGGAAAGAAUAUAUUGAGCGUAAUAUAUAUACUCUGGAAGAAGAUACAAUUGGAAGAUACUUACUUGCAAUGGCUCUCUCAGGACUUAUUUUCCUUUUAUUGAUUUUCUAUCUGGAGACAGCUUCAUGGAUAAUACCCACCUUUGUGUUUCAGAACAUUUUCUUUGGUGUCUACAAAAUAUUAAAAAAGGAUAGCGUAGCCACAGAACUAUCUGGAGAAUCUAAAGAUGAAGAUGUAGAAAAUGAAAGAAAAAGAGUACUGUCACAACCUCUGAAGAUGUUGAAUGCCACUGUGCUUAUUAAGGAACUCAUCAAGAUAUUUUUUACAUGGCCACCAGUUUUGGCUGUGAGAAAUAUUUCACUUGCAAUUGAAAGGCAGGAGUGUUUUGGGUUGCUUGGAUUAAAUGGAGCUGGAAAAACUUCUACCUUCCAAAUUCUGACUGGAGAGGAGACUGCUACUUCUGGCAGUGUGUUCAUAGACAACUAUAGCAUCACUAGGAAUGUCCUAAAGGUAAGAUCAAAAAUCAGUUAUUGUCCACAAUUUGAUGCCUUGUUGGAUUACAUGACAGCUCGGGAGAUAAUGAUCAUGUAUGCCAGAUUAUUGGGGAUUCCUGAGAACCAGAUUAACAGUUACGUAAAUAACUUUCUGCAAUCACUAAAUCUGGAAUCCCAAGCUGACAAGUUUAUCUGCACUUAUAGUGGAGGAAAUAAACGUAGAGUGAAUGCUGCUAUUGCCCUCAUGGGGAAGUCCUCAGUCAUCUUCUUGGAUGAGCCGUCAACUGGCAUGGACCCCCUAGCCCGCCGCCUGCUCUGGAACACAGUGACACAGACACGUGAAAAUGGCAGAGUCAUCAUCAUCACCUCUCAUAGUAUGGAGGAAUGUGAUGCCCUCUGCACCAGGUUGGCCAUCAUGGUGAAGGGAAAGUUCAUGUGCUUGGGCAGCCCUCAGCACCUCAAGAACAAGUUUGGCAAUGUUUACAUUCUGAAGACCAAGAUCAAUAUUGAUUUAGAAGAGAAUGAAUUAGAGAAUUUUAAAAAUUUUAUUGCAACAACUUUUCCAGGUAGUGAAUUAAAGCAGGAGAAUCAAGGGAUUCUUAACUACUACGUUCCCAGCAAGGACUUAGGCUGGGGGAAGGUGUUUAGUAUUUUGGAGGACGCUAAAGAACGGUACAGUCUGGAAGACUAUUCCAUCAGUCAGAUAACGCUGGAACAAGUCUUCCUGACUUUUGCUUCUGAAGAGAACAUCGAUAAGUGA